CAAAAUUAAAGACAAACAUCAUCAAGGACAAGUAGCUAGAGAAAUGUCACUGAAACGAGUUUAUGAGAUGCAGUAUAAGCUUCCCGUCCCGCAAGAGCGAUUCUGGGAACGUUUUGUCCACAAUUCGACUUGCUUGGCUUAUAGAAAACUUACAGACAUUAAGCCAUCUGCUCACUGGACUCUAAUGAAAAUUGAGUCAGUGGAUCACCAGACGAAAACCUUGAAGCAACGGUUCUUGAAACCUGAAUUCGUUGAUGGCUAUAAGUUGAUUGCAGCAACUACAAAAGUUACUGGCGACGAGCCCAGUGGCUUGAAUUGCCUCAUAGACAUCACUGCGGAGUACGAAAAGAGUGGCCUUGAGAUCAAAGACCUUGAAGAAGUCCAAUUCCUUGUGGACAAUAUUGAGAGAACGGCUUUUCUUUGCCGUGCCCGUCUUGGUGACCAUAUUCCCAUGCCAGUGCGUCUUAAAUAAUGGCACCGGCCCGUUAAAUCAAUCCAUGCCAUAAUCGAAGGAGGAUUCAUCUCUAUAUUCCUAGAGUUACAGAAGAUGAAAUAAAUAAAUUGAACCCGCCCCCAAAAUAUAUGUGUGAGUAUUGUAACCUCUAAGGUCAUGUCCCAUGACUUGCUUUAUCUCUAAAUAAAGUUGUUACGUAUUAUAUGCAUUGAGUGU